UAUAAGAGAAAGAGAGGCAAAACAAAACAUUUUGAGUGAGAAAUGAGCGAGACACUAGAGCAAUUUUUGUGAAAUUCAUGGAUACUUGACCACAACAACGAGAAAGUGAGACUAUAAUUGUGAAAUGGGUUCUGUUUCUAAUCUUGUGAGCCCUAAUACAUGCCACCUAGCUCCGCCUUGCCUCAUAUCUCAAAGUAAUAAGUUCUCAUGGACAAAACCCAUACCUGGUGUUUUGUUCUCUCGGUCCGUCACGCCGAUUCAGAGGUGUCACCUUGUUCGAAGAAGCUGUGUCGUUUCUGCUUCCCUAACGGGGAAUUUGGGUCGUUUAAAGAGGAAUAUACAGGAUUUUACGAGCAUGAAUUAUUGGGUUGUGCGGGACUACUAUCGUCUUGUGGAAUCCGUCAAUUCCCUUGAACCACAGAUGCAAAGCCUUUCCGAUGAGCAGCUGAAAGCUAAAACUGCAGAAUUUCGAGAAAGAUUAGCACGAGGGGAGUCCCUAGCAGAUAUGCAAGCUGAGGCAUUUGCUGUUGUCCGUGAAGCUGCUAAGAGAACAAUUGGAAUGCGUCAUUUUGACGUGCAGAUAAUUGGUGGAGGAGUGCUUCAUGAUGGAUCCAUUGCGGAGAUGAAGACAGGUGAAGGGAAGACACUAGUCUCCACCUUAGCUGCAUAUCUUAAUGCAUUAACUGGUGAGGGCGUUCAUGUCGUUACCGUGAAUGAUUACCUGGCCCAGCGUGAUGCUGAAUGGAUGGGUCGUGUUCACCGCUUCUUAGGCCUUUCAGUUGGUCUCAUUCAGAGAGGGAUGAAAGCUGAAGAGAGAAAAUUCAACUAUAGUUGUGAUAUAACAUACACCAAUAACUCGGAGCUUGGAUUUGAUUAUCUACGAGAUAACCUUACUUCAAACCGUGAACAACUUGUUAUGAGAUGGCCAAAACCAUUUCACUUUGCAAUAGUUGAUGAAGUGGAUUCAGUCCUCAUUGAUGAAGGCAGAAAUCCUUUGCUAAUAAGUGGUGAGGCUAACGAAAAUGCCGCACGAUAUCCAGUUGCUGCUAAAGUGGCUGAACUUCUCGUAAAGGAUAGUCAUUACAAAGUUGAACUGAAAGAAAACUCAGUGGAACUCACAGAAGAAGGCAUAUCUCUUGCUGAAAUGGCUCUUGAGACGAGUGAUUUAUGGGAUGAAAAUGAUCCAUGGGCAAGGUUUGUUAUGAAUGCUUUAAAAGCUAAAGAAUUUUACAAGCGGGAUGUCCAAUAUAUUGUGAGAGAUGGGAAAGCACUUAUAAUCAAUGAGUUGACUGGAAGAGUUGAAGACAAAAGGAGAUGGUCUGAAGGAGUUCAUCAGGCUGUGGAGGCUAAAGAAGGUCUAGAAAUUCAGGCUGAUUCAAUUGUUGUGGCUCAAAUCACCUAUCAAUCACUCUUUAAACUCUACCCAAAGCUCUCCGGGAUGACUGGGACAGCCAAAACAGAAGAAAAAGAAUUUUUGAAAAUGUUUCAGAUACCUGUUAUUGAAGUUCCUACAAAUUUGUCAAAUAUUCGAAUCGAUCUACCAAUACAAGCUUUCGCUACUGCUCGGGGUAAAUGGGAACAUGUUCGUCGAGAAGUUGAAGAUAUGUUUGGACAAGGUCGACCUGUUUUAGUAGGAACAACAAGUGUAGAGAAUUCUGAAUAUUUAUCAGAACUGCUGAAAGAAUGGGGUAUACCUCACAAUGUCCUGAAUGCACGACCCAAGUAUGCUGCCAGGGAAGCUGAUUUUAUAGCCCAAGCAGGAAGAAAAUAUGCCAUCACCAUUUCUACAAAUAUGGCUGGUAGGGGUACUGACAUUAUUCUGGGAGGAAAUCCGAAGAUGCUUGCAAGGGAAAUCAUAGAAGAUAGCAUCCUUUCAUAUCUAACGAGUGAAGUUUUGGCUGAUAAUAUUGACGACAAUGAGUUAUCACAGAAGGUGUUGUCAAAAAUAAAAGUGGGACCAUCGUCCUUAGCUUCGCUAGCCAGAGCUUCUCUUAUGGCAAAAUAUGUUGGCAAAAGUGAAAGUAAGAGCUGGACAAGGAAAAAAGCAAAGUCCGUGGUCACAGAAUCUUUGGAGAAAAGCCAGACCAUGGAUCCUAUGAAACUGCAGAAUCUUGUCAAUGAGCAGUCAGAAAUGUACCCAUUAGGCCCUGCUAUUGCUCUGGCUUAUCUGUCCGUCUUAAAGGACUGUGAGGCCCAUUGUCUGCAUGAAGGAUCUGAAGUGAAGAGGCUUGGAGGCCUUCAUGUGAUUGGGACUUCUUUGCAUGAGUCUCGGAGGAUUGAUAACCAGCUUCGUGGCAGAGCUGGAAGGCAAGGAGAUCCUGGAUCCACGCGGUUUAUGAUAAGCUUGCAAGAUGAGAUGUUUCAGAAGUUUAAUUUUGACACUGAGUGGGCUGUGAGACUUAUAUCAAAGAUUACAAACGAUGAAGACUUACCAAUUGAAGGUGACACAAUAGUAAAACAGCUUCUAGCUCUCCAGAUCAACGCAGAGAAAUACUUCUUUGGAAUAAGAAAAAGCCUGGUCGAGUUUGACGAAGUGCUAGAGGUUCAAAGGAAGCAUGUCUAUGACCUAAGGCAACUGCUUUUGACGGGUGAAAACGAAAGUUGCUCUCAGCAUAUAUUCCAGUACAUGCAAGCUGUUGUAGAUGAAAUCGUCGUUGGAAAUGCUAAUCCACAGAAGCAUCCAAGAUACUGGAGCUUGGCCAAGCUAUUGAAAGAGUUUAUGGCUAUUUCGGGAAACCUACUGGAUGCACUGUCAGAGUCAUUUUCCGGGAUCACAGAAGAAACCAUGUUACAGUCCCUUGAAAACCUGCAUGAGAGGAGUUCAAUAGAUAUGGAAGACUUGUACCUUCCGCACCUGCCAAAACCUCCUAACGCUUUCAGGGGAAUCCGCAGAAAGAAUUCUUCACUAAGACGUUGGCUCGAUAUCUGCUCAGAUAAUUUGACGGGGAGUGGGAGGUACCGAACAUCAAUUAAUCUUCUCCGGAAGUUCCUCGGUGAUUACCUAAUUGCUUCAUACUUAAAUGUUGUUCAAGAAUCUGGCUUUGAUGAUGGAUACAUAAAAGAAAUAGAGAGAGCAGUUCUUUUAAAAACGUUGGAUUGCUACUGGAGAGAUCAUCUUGUGAACAUGAAUAAACUAAGCUCAGCGGUGAAUGUCAGAAGUUUUGCGCAUAGAAACCCUCUUGAAGAAUAUAAAAUCGAUGGAUGUCGGUUUUUCAUCUCAAUGCUUAGCGCAACUAGAAGACUAACCGUAGAAUCAAUCUUGCAAUACUGGUCAUCCCCGAUGGAAUCCCAAGAACUAUUCAUAUCAUAAGACUCAAUCAUUUCAAGCUCAGGUGUUUAACCAGACGAAAUUUCACAUCGGUAAAACAACAGACCAGUUUGGCCCUUGUGAAAUUUCGGUGUAACUUGACCAAAGUUUGGAAAACCAAGCUGAACACUGAACCUAAUGGUUAUGGAGUGGCGUACCGGGUUUGAGAUACAUACUCUGUUUUCUUGGUGUGGGGAACUUAAGUCUAAAAUCAUAUGUAACUGUUUAUUGUCGAUCAUUAUGAUGUAAAUCUGAUUAUCAUAAGAAGUAUUUAUUUGCAAAAUCACAA